AUUUUCAUUGCUGCUGGAAAUGUGGGAGAAAUGGGAUGUGAAAGGGAUGGUUCUUUUUAGUCUCACCUUACAAAUCAUCCUCUCUGUCUUAGGUAGGCAUAGAAAAUACCAAAAUAACCAAUUCUUCAAAACCAUUUUAUGGUUUGCCUACCUAGGUGCCGAUUGGAUUACCAUUGCCACUUUGGGCAUACUCUCUGGCUCCCAUGCAGAAUCUACCGCCACCAAUGUCUUUAGAGCAUAUUGGGCUCCUUUACUUUUGGUACAUCUUGGUGGCCCUGAUACCAUCACAGCUUUUGCUUUUGAAGACAACAGGCUUUGGAUUAGGCACCUCGUCAUCCUUGUUGUCAAAGUCAUUUUUAUCAUUUAUGUUGUUUGUUUGUCGUGGACCCUUUCUUGGCUCUCGUUUUUGACUAUCCCUCUCAUCUUAGCUGGAAUUAUUAAGUAUGUAGAGAAGAUAUUGUGUCUCAAGCUGAAUAACUCACAGAAAACAAAACCAAUAAUUUCUAAUAUAUUUAAUCUUCAAGCUCAUUCUGACCCCAGUAAGGAGCAAGCCCUUGAUCCCCGUCAUAAACAAAUUUUGGCAGGUUAUCUCUUAUUUACAAUUACAAGACUUGACGUCAAUGAUUACCUCUCCUCCCAAAAUCUUUCCGAUGUUGGAACAAGGAUCAAAGCUUAUCUCAAGGAAACUACAGGUGUAGACAGUAGUAAAGCCUUAGACUUUGCAAGGAAAUAUAUUAAUAUCAGAGGUGGCGAAGAAGCUCUUGAAGUAUUGUCUAUUCAACUAGGAUUCAUGUUUGAUGUUGUUUACACCAAAGCUAGUCUGAUUCACACCAAGUUAGGAUGCUUCUUGCGCCUUACCAGUUUCACUACCUGUUUCUCAGUUCUACUGCUCUUCUUUAUCAGCAUCGUUAAUGAGCCAAAAUUCCAUGGCUCAAAAAUUGAUAUUUCCAUAACUGGCAUCUUAUUGAGUGGAGCUAUUGCACAAGAACUUUAUGCAGCAUGGGUAGUGCUUUCUUCUGAUUGGGCGGUUCCUGUUGCGGAAUUUCAUCAGAAUGUGUUGGUACGCAAAGUGUUUAAGGUCUCCUCAAGGUACUUCACUUGGUUAUUGCAUCAACGUAAAAGGUGGUCAAAUCAAAUGGGUCAAUUUGAUUUGUUGGAAUAUUGUUGGCGUUACAAGAAAAGGAAGGGAAACCAAUCACAUGGCUCUCUACCAAAGAUCACUAUUGGCAGUGAAAUUGCUGAAACGUGGCACAAAUACUGGUUUACUAAAUUUGUGGAUGUUCCACAUUUUUUGCAACAAGCAAACUGUUACCUUCAAAUCUUGAUUGAAUUCUUUUCAGGGAACUGCAUAAAGAUAACAAGAGGAGAAAAGGCGUUGCAGAGAUGUUCACAACUUGAUCAACUAAAAUGGAGCAUUGAAUUCGAGUUUGAUCACAGCAUCAUAAUAUGGCAUCUUGCCACAAGUGUUUGCUACUUACAAGAGGAUAGUCAUGAUGAUGAAGCCAUGAAAGUUAGUAAACAUAUAUCAGAUUACAUGAUGUAUCUACUUACCAUGUGUCCUGCCUUGCUAUUGUCCGAGCAUAGUAAGAGUUUUUGGCUUGAUCAUGCUUAUGACAACCUCAAAGAACUUUUGUCUCUUGCAACUGACAUAAAAGAUGCUGCUUCCAAAUUACUUUCCAAUCCAGAUAAUGUUCAUGAAGAGGAGCAUGAAUCCAGCUGCAGGGAGGGAACUUUUGAAAACCUAAAAGGACAAGUGUCGGAACUGGUCACAUUUUUAAAGCGAUCAGAUAAUAAAUGGCAGAUGAUUAGGGAUGUCUGGUUAGAGAUGCUUUCCUAUGCAGCAUUUUCAAGUCAGCACGUUAAUCACAUUAAGCAGCUAGGAGAAGGCAUUGAAUUUGUCUCACUCAUUUGGCUUUUCCUAGGCCCUUGCAUUUUAUUGGAACCUUUGUUUGAAAACGUUUUGGUUUGAAAAACUCGUCUUUAAAAUGUAGUGUGACCAACAUCUGCAAACUUGGCGGCCUUAUGUCUCAUGUUUGAAUUACAUACUUCAAGAAGUGGCAACACAAUUAUGUUACUUUCCUAAAUAAAUUUGUAUCUAGUAUUUGUUGUAAACUUUGAUUUGUAUAAUUAAGGUCUUAAAUGGUC